AUGCAGCGGGUACGGCUCCUGGUGUGCGCAGACCGCCUGCUGUGGACGGCGCGCAGGUAUCUUAUGAGGCGGAGUAAGACGGCGCUAAGGGGCCAUGCAAUGUCGUCAGGCGACUGCGGCUUUGUCGUACGGGAGGCGAUUGCGCCGGAGAUGGUAACUAUUGAGAUUCUGCCCGCUGCGGAGGAACACUGUUGUGGCCAUGCAGGCGGUGGUGGCGGCAACACUAGUGGUGGUGUGAGCAGCGGUAACGUGAACUCUCACAGCCGCGAUGAGGAGACGAGUUGGCGCAGCGCUUGGAGUGCCACACACGUGGCAGGGAGUCAAUUGCAGCAGAAGCACUACUGGGAUGUCACGAGCAUUGACAACUUUGCGAAGAGCCGUGUACUCAACUACGUCCGUCGCACAGGGAAUCGCUCUGCGGGCGUGUUUGAGGUAAGUGCAGAGCAGAUGUUAGGGCGGACGGUGUACCGUGCACGGUGCAAAUUACUUCUCCCACCACCGCACCACUUCUACGUGGCGGAGGGUGUUGGGGAGGAUGAGAAGGACGCGGAGCUGCUGGCUGCGAUGCAUGCGGAGCGGGUGUGUGAUGCAUUAGGUGUUCCGCUAUUCCGACUGCCGUCGAUGCAGCAGAAGUACGCGGAGAAUGUUCGGCGGCAAGGCCGUUACGCGCCGAUGCCCGGUGAUCCAAUUAAACCAGAGAACACCAUCGCCCCGCCACCGCUGCGUAUGCUGGCGACAGCACCCGAGAGAAGUGGUGCCUCCGCGACGGACGCCGUUGAAGCUUCAACCGUGUUUUCCACCACCAUCACGGAGGCAGAGAUCAUCACUGAUACGAGUGUGAUGGGCAAAGGUCGUGGCUGCACGUCCAAGCAGUCACUGGAACACGUGUCACCGCUUGCGGCUCCCACAAAUCCCAUUGAUACCACCGCAACUGACACAAAGGCGGCCAUAGAUGCCGAUCAGGCAGACAUUAGUGGGGAGCCACCGUAUCAUGCCACGGUGCACUACCCGUGGCAUUUUUUUGCUGCGUCGAGCAGCCAUGGGGGAGAUGCGGCGGCAGGAAGAGGAACGACAACAACGGCGAUGGGCGGAGCAACAGCAGCAGCCAACACCGUUCCCUUUGACCCAACGGAGGGUGGCAUGUGGCAGAUGGUGAAUACGAACUCCACACGGUGUUCCCCCUCGCAGGAUGCCCUGUUACUUCCGUGUGUGUACGAGACGGCGGCGUACGAGCGGUUGAAGGACCACUUUCUGCAUCAAGGCAUGUCACUAAAGGACCACAUCACUCUUUCUCACGUGGCGGUGCCUGGUCACUCCGCCAGAAUGUAUGUGGCAAAGCUGCGCCUUCAUGAUGGCAUCGUUGCCCUUGGGAAGGCACAAACAAAAGAGUGUGCGGAACACCUUGCCACGAUGCAUGCGGAGUUGUUGUUGGACGCGCUUGCGCGCCCUUUGUUUCCACAAGAUGACGCGCGUCAGGCGAGACAUGCGGCGAUGGUCGAAAGGUUUGGUCGAUGGGCACCGAACCCAAUCACCGGUGAUAUGCAGCACCCGCGGCCGCAUGACGCGCUCCCGCUCCCGCUGAAGCAACAGGUGGGUGGCGAUGAGGUCUGGCUUGACCCGCAAAUGCUGCGGCGCUACAAUUAUCAGCGUAGUCUCGGGGAACGUCUCAUUUCAGCACACAAUGAGUUAAAUAAUUACUGUGGUGAUUACAUUGAGUCCAAUCCUGAUCCAGACCUUCUUGCUGAGGCACGGAAAGCUUUGGAGGCGUGGCAGCGUGAGGUCGCCCGCAAUCCACACCCUGAUCUAUUCGUUAUCACACGUAUGGGCGAGCAGUUCCGUGCCAGCACACUACUGCCAGUGCCUAAAGAAUUUGGUGUUCGCGGCGGCAAUGCGGUGGGCAAGACGAUGGAGCAGGCUAUGGAUCUCUGCGCUUUGCACGCGGUGGAUACACUCUGCGCACUUGGUAUUCCGCUCUUUGCGAACUCCUCGCGGCAGCAUACUUUUUUGGAGCAGAGAAGACGCAUGGGCCUGGUAACGAUGGAAGACAUGACGAAGCUGUCGUCAAGCAACGGGCUUGUCGCCAUUCUGGCCCCAUCGUUGGCGGAGGCAGCAUCCAAAGCUCCAUCGCAGGAGAUAAAGACACGACCGCCGUACCUUCCCGGGUACAUGGUUGAGGGCAACCAACCACGUCCACUGCCGCACAUUAGUGACACACUAUGCAUUUUACAGCUUCGUAUCCCCGAAGACUUUGACGUGUACGGCGAGAAACUGAGCGAUGAGGCCAUCAUUGAGGCAGGUAACGAGGCAAAGGUGUGCGUGCAGAACUACCUGCGCCACCAUCUUCCCAAGAACAGCAACGUGAAUGCGUCUGUGUACAUUACUGGUUACGGUAGACAAGUGAGUGUUCACAACAUCGCGUAUCUGCCGCUUGUGCUACCCAAGAAGGGUCGUUCCGCCCCUGAAGAGGCGACAAAUGCAAAGCGAAAGAAGAAGAAAUCCAACAACGCCACCGUGGAUGCCUCAGAAGGGGCUGAGAGGGCUCAAGGAGAUGACAUCACAUCAUCUUUUGCUGCUGCCGUCACGAGCAAUGACACCAGUGAUAAUAAUAGCGAUAACCAUGGUGAUUGUGUUGCGGCCAUCACACAGUCGCACAAUGUUGAGGACGCGGAGGACAGCGUGAAGAAGCCUACGGAGCGUUUAUUGGCUGUUGGUAUCUCGCUCAAGAAGAAGGAUGCAGAGAGGAUGUGCUAUCUCCAUGCUGUGGAACUACUCCGCAGCGUGGGUCAAGACGUGCUCUCCAACUACCGAGUAGGACUCCCGCGCCGCAAACAGCCACCUCCAACACCACAGCCAUUUACCACGUCAAAGCUAAGCCAUCCAGGUGGUGGUGAAGCGAUCACCGCGAAUGAUGACGGUAACGGCAUCGCUAGGGACAGUUCACAGCUAGAUAAGAUGACGCCCAAGAGCCCCACAGCGCCCCGGCCAUAUAUUCACAGGAUCAUGAUGCAGUUUAUUACUAGUGGACGGCAUUACACGCCUCCAAAACGGCGUUUUCAACCCAGCCCCAACUCGCCUUUUUGA